GUGGUUCAUACCCUGUGCUACUUUCAACUACAGAACACACACUAGUCAUUACUCACAUCUCCCUCUGAUCACAUUUAAACUUUAAACAUUGGCGAUAGCAUCUCACCUUGUCACAUCUCCAAGUGAAACAUUCGUGGGCUGCACAAACCCACAAACAGCCGCAAUCCGGGCCAACCGCCAUCCCGCCACAAUGUCUCAUCAGAACAAAAUGACACACGCCGAGAUCCAGCAACAGCUCCGCAAACUCUCGCGUGAAUUCUCCCGGGAUGCGUUUGGCACCUUUUUUUCUGGCGCCUUGGCCCUGUUCAUGCCGUGGCUCUGCGGCUCGGCCGUGUUCAGCUUCGCCGGUCUGGUCUCCAAGAUCUUCAAGCUGCGGGACCUCGUCAAAGACAUCAAGGCAAGGGGGUACGCGAUUACAAAGACGAGCAUUUUCAUAGGCCUGAUCGAAGGCGCCGCGCUCAAGUUGUUCACUACCAUCGUCACCCUCGGACACGACGACCUCAUGGUAGCCACUGGGCGUUUCAUCCAGAGCCUCAAGCAAGGAGUGGAUUGGCUGAAGGAUCACGCCUCCAUCGAGGUGCCUCAUAUCCAGGCGCUAUCCGCUGCCAAGGUGGGGGAGUUGGACGAGCGCUACCGCAUGUCGCACCCGACCAUUGAGGGAAUCGCAGAGGGGGUCAGCAAGCCGGUCGAGAAAACACAGGAACUUUUGGGUCUCGACACUGCAAAGGUUUUGGCAAGCCCGGGCACGGGCCAAGGUUGGCACGCCGACGGCACCAAGGUCGUGGAGCAGGUGCUUGUAGCGGGCGCUGUUCAGGUGGCCACGGAAAAGAUUGUCGACGCAGUUACGCAAAAGCCAUACGAUGCAUGCGUCGACAGAAGGCAUAAGAAGUGAGAUGGUUGCAGUGUGGGGGGCAGGGUUGAGGGUAGAGGGGGGGAGGUUGGCAUGUAAUUUUCUUGACACAUCGGUCCAUUGUCUCUUCUUGCAUACACUUCAUCAUGCCUAGUGGUUUCUAUUCACACACUUCCCUAAUCAUAGAUUUCUUGUCAGCAUAGACUUUAUAGAUUUCUUUCGGACAUUCAGCUUUAGACUUUGGCAACUCUACUUCCAUGGCAGCCGCAUAUCUAGUUUGAAAGAAAUAACUUACAGAC